AUGUAUCUCAGUCUGUUCAUUAUCUAUCUAUCUAUCUAUCUAUCUCAGCCUAUUCAUUAUUAUCUAUCUAUCUAUCUAUCUAUCUAUCUAUCUAUCUAUCUCAGUCUGUUCGUUAUCUAUCUAUCUAUCUAUCUAUCUAAUUUGUUAUCUCUCGCUCUUUAUUUUCUCUCUCUCUUUCUUUCUCUCUCUCUUUUUCUCCCCCUUUCUCUAUUGCUCUUUCUCUCUCUCAAAUGUAUUCAUUUUCUAUCUAUCUAUCUAUCUAUCUAUCUAACUGAGUCUGUUCACAUCUAUCUAUCUAUCUAUCUAUCUCAUCUGUUCAUAUCUAUCUAUCUAUCUAUCUAUCUAUCUAUCUAUCUAUCUAUCUAUCUAUCUGAGCGUACAAUUGGAUCCCCAGAAGGCGUAUUAAACUCGGUCCUCAUUCCAGACCUGGUUAGUCUCAGCAAAUAUUCAUAUGAAGCCAUAUUUAGCAAGCAGACCUGA